CUCUCAAACACAAGAGGAUGGAGAUAUCAGUGUCUGAUCUGAUAGCAUCUCUUGAUGUUGAGGAGAAAGCUCGGGCCAAGGAUGGGCGAUCUAAGGCUGCUGAGGGCCAGACUAGUGCCAAUAUGGUGCAAAAGUCUCACGGCAAAGGCAAGGGCAAGGGAAAGAAGACCAAGCCGCAGCCUACUACUACUUUUAAGAAGAAAAAGUUCAAGGAAGGUCAAGGCUGUUUUGUGUGUGGAUCUAGUGAUCAUUGGGCAAAGAAGUGCCCACAACGCAAAGGAAGAAAGCCUUCACCUGAGCAGAAGACUGUGAACACGGUCACCAUGGCUAGAGUGGAAACCAGUGGACCGCUCGGGAUUCUACCGUGAUGAUGGGCAAUGGGUCGCAUGCUACUGUUCGUGGUGUUGGCACGAUUGAUCUGAAACUUACUUCGGGAAAGAUCGUGCAGCUGAAGAACGUGCAGCAUGUCCCUACUAUCGGCAAGAAUCUAGUUAGUGGAUCCCUUCUGUGUAGGGAUGGUUUUAAAGCAGUGUUUGAGUCCAAUAAAUUUGUCGUGUCUAAGUGUGGAUAAUUUAUCGGCAAAGGCUAUGAGUGCGGAGGCUUGUUCCGUUUUUCAGUCUCAGAUUACUGUAAUAAGUCUGUGAACUUAAUUUCAGAUGGUAUAAAUGAGAGCGAUGCAUCUGUUUGGCACUCGCGUUUA